GCGGAUGAGCCGAACAUGUAAACAUAACAUACUGGUAGAGGUCUGUGGGCGGAGGGGACAGGAAGAAAGGAAGAUGUAAGCAGGUAAGGAAACGAUGACACAGAUGACGGGUAGGGUGAGAGAGAGCACAGGGAGACAGAGAGAGAAACACACCUUGAGGAAGUUGGUAAAACAACUGAAAACACAUCAGGAGACACAUCACUUUAAAGGUAAGACUUUGAUUGAAUUUUUGAUACCCAACCAGAGAUAGUUGAAAACAUUACUGCUUCUAUGGUGUGAUAAACAUGAGCUCCAAAGCUGUGUUUCAAGUGUUAGCUCAACAACUCUUACUUUCUUUUGUUUCAAGUUAGUUUAGUCUGUUCUUAUUGUGUCAUCUUCACAGGAUGCAAUGUUUUCUGAUUUUCUUGAUGCUCUCUGCGCUGCUGGUGUCCAUUUCCCUGCAGGUAAAACUGCCGACUCUCUUCGCUUUAUUUGCCAAAACAAGGAACCAGAAAUAGGUCACAAAUAAACCAAUGUCUGCUCACUUCUAGACAAGUUAUUCAGGACUCACUGAAGUUAGUAUCGCUCCCCUCUGAUUGUAUUAUAUGUUUUAACAGGCAGAGCUGCCCAGGUAUUAUGAGAUUGGUGGGAGAAAGUGUCAACUCUGCCCUGCGGGUAAGACAAAUAACACUCAGCAUGAUUUCCUUCUGUUUAUUCUUCAUUAAGCUGUGACUCACAAUUAUAUCAAUGAAUUGACAGUUUUUGAUAAUUAAUAGAUAUUGCUUUGGAUUGCUGAUGUUUUCAGUGCGUUUCUGUCUGUUGUGUUUUUUCUGCAUGUAUGCAUUGUCUCUCUGGAUGAAAUAUGUCACACCCGUUUGCACUGACUUUGUGCAGUGUGACCACAUCCUUCAUUAACAUGUCCUCAGGCUGCUCUGCCUGUCAUCUAGCUGUGCUCAUUUCUGUCGCUCUGUUCUUUCAGGUGAGUUUCAGAAGUCUUGUAAAGAGUGUGCACCAUGUCCUGCAGGAAGUUACACGGCUGAGUGGAACCGAGAAGAUAGGUGCCACCGCUGCUAUGGAGACUGCCGACCAGGUAGGAAACUAUGAAUCAUUUUUGCCUGCCAAGCAGUUUCAUCGCUGCCAGGACUCAAUGAAAACACUGAGCUAUUGGCUGUGAUAAAUUACAAUCUGCUCUUUUUCUUUGUGAAUUAAAACUCCUAAAAUCAAAACUUCCACUUUCUACUGUUACAGAUUAUAAUCUGAAGGUGGUCCAGAACUGCACCAGCACUUCAGACCUGAAGUGUAUCUGUGAGGCCGGUUACACAUGCAAUGAAAAGGUCUCGUACUCAACAAACUGCAAAUACUGUGUCAAGAUCAAGGAAACAACCUGGACGGGUAAAUAUUGAGCUGUGCAGUGUUGCCUUCUUGUCAUAUUAGACAGACUUCAACCAGCAGGGGGCGUCAUUACAAACCAAAUUUACCACAGAGGUUCUCACUGGUUGUAUCAGAAUGACUUCACUGGUUAUUUUUACAGGGUAUUAGUUGUUUACACAUAUGUCACUGUAGUUAAAUGUAGAUGGGCUUUGAUCUGAGGUGUGGGACCUCCCCUCUUUGUUAACUGUGCUGUGAAAAUACUCAGAUACUUUAUAUAGUAAGAAUACCAUAGACAUGCUGUGAAAACUCACAUUUUAGCAACUUUAUUUGUCUUAUUUUUUGAUGAAACUUCUCAUCAGACUUAAGCCACAUUCAGCGGCUCAGAUAAAAAUCUUAUUGAAAGGCCAGAGUUGCUUGUAAUGGGUAAACGUACCUGUUAAUGCAGUGAGGAAAGUUAUUUGUCACCAUUAGAAUAAUGUGUUACAGUUAACUGUUUAACUAAACUGUAUCUGGGAGAUGCCUUAUAUUUUACCAGAGAGAUGCUCCUGUUUUUAUAUGCCUUUGCGGGACUGUCAUGCAAAUAUGGCUUAAAUUAAGUCUAAUUAAAUAUUUUUGACCAAAAACAGGAUAAAUAUACACACUCAGAUUUGACUAUCUGCAGUCAGUUACCAUCAACAGCCCAGCUUUAUAGUCUGCACAAAGUAUUAGAGGGGAAACACACUCACAUAUUAAAAGUAAAACUCUCUAGAAGAGAAACAGAGAAAUGGGAGACAGGAGGUUGAAUUAUACCCCUUCAUAAACUGUGAAACAUGUACAGCCAGUAUUAAGAUGGUGCUAAAGAUAUUUGUGUUUGCUCUGCAGGACAUUGUGUGCCUUUUCUUAGUAGUUGACAGUAAAGAGAGGACAGGAAAUGAGGGGAGAGAGUUGUGAGAUGGAGCAAAGGUCUUUGAACGGAUGUAUACUAGCCUAAGUCGGCGCCUUCACCCCUGGACUGUUGACAGAUUUGUUUAGUAACUACUACAUAUGUCAGCUACAUCUCUUCAUCUGAUGAGAAAAUAAAUCCUUACCAUUGAAUAAAAUAAAGUAGAAGAGCAAGUACAAAGUCCCAAAGCCUAAAAGCAGAACAAAAACAAUCUAAACAGUCAGUCAAUGUUGUCUUAAAGUGAGACGUGGUUAGAGAUUACCUGCCAGCAGGAAAAAACAAACAUGAAAAGUGUCUCCUCUUCAGGUUCCUGUUUCUCUUUUCCUCGUAGGUACUUUCACUUACUUUGCUUUGAAUUUGUCCUUGCUCCUCAGAGGCAGCAGCAAUCAUUUCAACCAGAGAUAAACACACGCCUUCCCCAGCUUCCUCAGGACAUAGCAGCACUCCUGCCAAAUCCUGCAGAUUUCCCAAGUGAGUCACGGAUAACAGUAGAUGCAGUUCACACAGUGAGGUUUUAUAUCAAUAGGCUGACUCAAUUUCAAAGAGCUUGACUUUAAAUAUGAUCAGAUACAUAAGAGAUCAUUUUAGCAUUUGGUAAAUGUGAUACAUGCAUUGCAGAUUGAUCUUGUUUAAUGAGAAGAACAGUUGAGAUGCUGGAGAUAUAACACCCCUUUUUUUUUUGUUGUUACUCAGCUGUGGCUCUCCAGCAGUCACACAUCAAGGCAAUGGCACACGUCUCCAAACAGGUGAGUGUGUAUGAAAAAGAGGAGUAUGUGAGGGGUGAGCAAUACUCAUUUGAUUAUCAUAAAGGGGAGGCAAUGAUUCACUGAAAGUCUCAAAACUACUUUAGAUUUAGAAAUGUCAAUGUCAGACUGAAAUGUCUCAACAAGCUCUGUACAGGUGGCCAUGAAAUGUGAUUAAACCUCAUAGUUAUUACCUACUUCACUCAAGCAUGCUAGAAUUUGUGUCUUUUGCAAUGUUAGCAUUUAGUUAAGACGCUGCCUCAGAGCUGCUGCUAUUGACUGAUUUUCUUGUUUUCUUCUUAGACAAGACAAACAGCCACCUGGCCGCCAUCUUGUGUCCAGUUGUCAUCAUGGGAUUCGUGAUCUUUGUGAUCUUGCUCUUUGAUUGUCGUCAUAGAGAUGAAUCUUGUUUCAAGAAAGGUGAGGUUGAAUUUAUUAGACAUGGUCAGUUUUCACCAUAGACUGUAUGUAGAAUGGAUAGAGUCUGCCUCCUCGCUGGGUGAAGCCACUCCGAGAACAGCACCCUCUGUUGACAGGCUGCAGCAUAGGUCCUAAAUCCCGCCUCCACCAGCAAAGCUUAUGGAGCUGUGGACAAACUUUAGAAAUUUAUUACACAGAACAUAAUUUUUUCUCCCCCCUGCUUGUGAUGUUGACAUGUAGUUACUGUAUGACUGGUUUGUGCUCAAGUCCUCUUUUUUCUGUGAAGCUCAGUUUUUAAAAGUUAUUAGGGGGUUCAUGUUGGCUAUGAUUGACACUUGAUACAGCCUAUGUAGGGAUUGCGUAGCUCUCCCGGGGGAUACGCUGUUUGAGCCGAGCAUCAUCACAGUGACUCUCUGCGACUGCGCGGCCGAAUGCGCACAUCGCUACUGCGCAGCGCUGGUUUCAGGAAAUGAAGAAAAAUCCCGGAAAUACCGAGAGCUUUUUGGCUUCAAAUCCGUAUACAGGCGGUAUGCAGAACCAAGUUGUCCAUAGUACAUACAGUCUAUGGUUUUCACAUGUAAAAAGUUGAUCACAUGGUUAGUGGGAAACAACUGAAAGCCUUUUUGAAAUGACUGAUGAGAAAUGUGUCAUGAGUUCUGCAGGUACAUAAUAGAUGGUAACUGUUUUCAAAGUCAUACACAUGUUGAUUCAUCAUGUUCACAUAUGACAAGAAACUGAAUUUCUGUUACUCAUUUGUUUAUUUACAUUUUCCCAGCCAUGUCAAAGCUCUACAAUGAGGUAAACGGCUUACUUUAAGCCCUCAUUCUAUCAUGAACUUUUAUAUACAGGAUCGUUUCUCUGUGGUUCACGUGGAACUGAUGAAUGUUUUCUGUUUUAGGGAGGAAGAAACGCUUCUCACAAGCCAAAGGAGCUGACUCAUCAGUUCCCCAGGGGCUCAUUCAGUGCAAAGCAGCAGCUAUCAUCUCUAUCAGCAGCCAAUUUGGGUACUACUGAGUAAAAUGAGACUUGACUCACUUUAUAUGGUUAAAAAUGAAAAAUGAUACAGAAAGAGUUGUGUUUCUGUAAUGAGUAUAAGAUGAACUUCACUGUCCUUCUCUGAGAAAAGGUCAAUAAAACUGCUUCUUUAGUCACACUCUUCGACUUUUGUUGUCUUUAUAGGGCCAGUCCACGUCCACAACCCAGGGACGGUCAUCUUCAGCCUGCUCAAUCAGUUUACAGGCCAAGUUGGUCCAACAGUUGAAGGUGUGAAAACAGUUGGGAGAAAGUGCAGCCAGGAAGAGGACGCAAGAGACAGUCCCGUCUUUCAUCCCACAUCCUGUUCCAGUAUUCAUCUCUCUGAAGAGGAGAGAAGCGUAGAGAUGGACAGCAUGUUCCUCCCCUCUCAAGAGCAAGGAAAAGACUGUCAUGUGUCCAAAGAGGAGGUCCUAUGAAGUUAAAAAAAAAAAAAAAAGUAUUGCACCUUUGCUGUCGUGUCUGCUGGCUUACAACCUGAUUCUAGGACUUGUAGAAGAAGAAGCUUUGAAUCCAAGGAUGGGAGUCAGUCAGAUUAAUCUUCCUCAGGUAAACCACGAGCCUCAGUUUCACAGAGACAUUUCUAUAUACAGGUGAACAAAAAUAUGUGUAGUGAGCGCACAUAAGAAACUUUAACUGUUGGAGGACCUGCUGGAUGGGGAUUUCUUUUCCUUGCUAUAACUUAAAAUGCCAUGUAAAUACUCUUUAAUAAGAUCACUGCUCAGCAUUCAUUGUGUUCAAUUUUUUUGCAUGAAUUGAGAUGAAUGAGAUUUUAAUUUAAACAAAAAAAAAUCUAAUUUUUGCAAGUUAAAAAGAUUUACAUAUGGGAUGUAGAAAGUCUAUUUACAUAAACACACAUAAAUGUCAAAUAGUUAAAUACCUGAAACCUCUUGUACCACAGUACAUAUCAUCAUUCAGUGUUGUGCAUGAAUACGCUAAUAUUUUGAUUAAACUCAACAGCUCAUUGUGUGACCGCUUAUAGUGAAGGGCAGCUCACUGUCCAGGAGGUUUCUUAGAGGACUCAGGAGUUGUGGAGAGUUACUGAAUGUGUUCUGUGUGUUAUAGCAGCCAAAGUCUGCUGCACCUGGUGCUUCUCACAUCCACUUGUUAGCAGGUUUACUUGGCGAUGAAGCCAGCCCUGAGUUUACAACAAAUCGGGCUAAAUUAUGUACAUUUUUAGAGAGGUUCUACUUUUUAAGAGAAUAAUUCACUUUUGUGUUUGUUUGUUCAGUGUUUUUUACCCUCAUCUCAUUUACUCAUAGAGGAUGUGAAAACCAUCUCUCCCACAUUACUGGUUACGAGGCAGAUUUUUCCGUGUAUUUGGGUAAAAAGUUGGAACCUUUCACAAAAUUUUCUUCAAACAGAUGCCAAUUCUUUGUAAGUAUUGAAAACUGCAGAUUAUCCUUUUUAAUUUGUAAAACACUGAAUGGAUUUUUGGGGUUUUCAAACUGAAUAUAUGUCUUUUUUUCUACAGCAGUGUUUGAUUAUCCUUUUAGUUAAGGAAAUGUUGUUGAUUGGGAAUUGAAGUUUAGGAGGUUCCGAUGAUGGGUAACGUAAUUUCAGCUGAAACAAAAUGAACAUGAACUAGUUCAUUUUGAUCUGUGCGAACUGAACAUUGAGUUUUUUCACUUUUAGUGCAAACUUGCACAACAUGUCACCGACAUGCUGCACUGAGUCACUCGCUUUACUUUAUUCCUUUUCAUCUUCCCAACGUUGCAGAUGUCAUGUAGUCCUUUUUUCCGGUCAGAAAAGUCCAUCAGUCCUGAAUUAAAUAUCCUCAAAAACUCUCGUCAUUAAUUCAAGGAUCACAUUUUCCGCACACUUCCUGGAUCGGCUUUGAUACUUCCCCCUCCUCGGAGCUUGUUGGAACAGGAGCAAGUUUUUCUGUCAAGUACCCUAAGCAA